AUGAUACGUGCACAGUUUUUGGAUAUGAUGGGGCAUCUUACUGGUUAUAGACCUCAGGGUGACGCUGGGGGCAGUCGCGUUGCUUUGUCAACCAUCAGAGAUCAUAUGGAAUUUUUGCACCCAGACAUUACCGGCGAGACUGAGGAUCUCCACAUUGAGAGGUACACGCGGUUGGCACUGCUCCUGCUUUUCGGGUGUGUCUUGUUCUCAAACACUUCGGGAAGUAAAGUGAGUAUGCGCUUUCUCCAUCAUCUUCAGCAGUUGGAUGGUUUACCCCAGUACAGUUGGGGUGCUGAUGCUUGGGCCUGGCAGCGGAUCAUGCCGUUGCAGCCACCUCUACCACCACUUGCGCCUGGAGAGGCUUAUCCAUUUCUCCCUCUAGCUUCUAGGUGGAUUCUCCGGCGUGGGAACUACCGAGGGACCGAUGCUCAUCAUAAUCUCCCCCUUAUCAGGGAUGUGCUAGAUAUGCUGGUGGACGGACAG